CCAAAGAUUUCUCUCAAUCUUCUGUUCCUAGAGAUCUCUUCUCCUGGCAGAAUGAAAGCUUUAAUUCUGAUCACGUCUCUUCUUGCUGUAGCCUUUGCUACUGAUAAUAUUGACAUUAAGAACGAGAAAAACGUCAACACGGAUGUCCAUCAGACAGUCAACAUAGAUAACCAUGAUAAUGUUGCUAACGUGAAUCAGUAUAAUGGUUGGGACUCAUGGAACACCAUGUGGGACUACAACAGAGGUGUCUUUGCUGUCCGCCUUUUGUCCAAGAAAGCUUGUGUAGUUAGCAGGAUAAACAGAAAUGUGGUCCCCAGCUUGGAACAUCUCAACAAAGCCAGCCAGGAGAAACAGAAAGCCAAUGCUCCUCCUCCUCCCUCCAUGACUUACACGGUGACAAAGAACCGAGUAAGGAACGUGGCACAGUUUGGCAAACACAUAGCCGCUCUGUGCAACAACAUCCCUACUUAUCACGCCACAGAGGUGCAAGAUCCAAGCUUGUAUGAGACAGACUGCAUAAAGAAUUCCAUUAUAAACAUUAUGGGUAUUGUCAUCUGUGGGUUAACCCCCAAUUGCCAGAAACUGCAGCUGUAGCUCUUCAUUCCAUUUCAGGUUGCAGCGAGGCUUGUUUUUUCUUGUUUUUGUUUUUUCUUGUUUUUGUAAAUGCAUUCACAAUAAAGGGGCUUUUUAACUCAUCAGUAAUAUGGUUUAAAUACAAUAAAAGAUGUAUACGGUUUCUUUGCCAUGUAAAUCAAGGCUGAAAACAUGCGCGAGAGGGGCUGAGUUGCAACGGAAAUCAUCUGGUUAAACCUAGUAGACUAAGGCUCAAAUUUAUUCAUUUAUAAUUUGUGAUUUUUAGUUUUAUUUGAGCAAAUCACAGCAAAAUCUCAAAUGCAUUUCCUAUUGUGAUCUCCAUAUAUGUUUUUUUUUUUUUAAAAAAAAUAAGCCUUAUUAAAAAAAAAAUGAAAUUUCUCCACUAUUCAAAUUCAUAGCAAAAUUCGCUGGAAAAUUAGUAAAUUUGCCCAUAAGCUAGAAAAUGAAACAAUUUUCCUGAAAACUUGGUUGAGAUUCACCUGGUUCCUUAGUAAAUAAACACAAACUUGCAGAAGGAAAAUUGUAAUUGUAAGACCUACUCCUAAGAAAAUAAAUAUUCUGUUCAAAUAUAUUCACAAUGAUACUAUGCUAGUCACCUUAUAGUACUUGAAAUAUUACAAUUUGUUCAAGUUCUACUCUACAUUACACUUCUGCAUUUUCCUUUAGAUAUGAGCAUUGUGCAAACUGAAAUCAUUUUGUUUAAACUCAAAUUCCAGUUUAAAGGAAAAAAUCUGCUGACAUCUUGUGGCACAACGCUGAAGUUAAAGCUGUCUUUUCAGGCAAGCUCCAACAGGGAAACAUAAUAUUCUGUCAAAAUCCAGUUGGUUCAUGUUUCCUGACAUUUUGGGUUUGGCGUUGGACACAAAUGAAGUAUUUGAGACAAAAAUUGUUUUAGGACGAUUGCUUUAUCUUCUUGUCUAUAAAUGGCAUGUGUUGUGUUCUCUAAACAAACAUUUUACUGUAUUAAAGAACCAAAAUAUAAAA